AUGUCGGACCAUUUUCAUGCCGAGGAAAAUAUCCAGAAGGUUAUGUCAACUUCAGAGGACGUAGUGGGAUCAUCUCGGGAAUCACAGCACAGCUCCCACGACUCUGAAGAUCAAGACUCAGAAGUUGGCCAUGAGCCAAUUCAAGAACGUUAUGGCAAACCUUCGUUCUCUCGAUUCCGUCAAGUGGCUUCAAAAACAAUCGUAUCAUUUGGAGCUAAUGACCCGGAGAACCCCAUCAAUUGGAGAAAUAGAAGGAAGUUCUUGGUUCUCGCAUCAGGUGUCAUGCAGGUCAUGAACAGCACCAUCGGCUCUUCGAUUUGCAGUAACGCUAUCCCAGAGAUCGCCGAAGAGUUCAACAUCACCGACGAAACACUGCUCGUCUUACCGAUAUCCAUUUUUCUCAUCGGCUACAUCUUAGGACCUUUGCUAUGGGGCCCUAGCUCCGAGUAUUUCGGGCGAAAGCCCCCUUUGCUCAUCGCUUACGUUCUGUUCAUGGUAUUUACGCUGGCGUGCGCUGUCGCAGACUCAUAUGCUUCAUUGCUUGUUUUCCGGUUGUUCAACGGCAUGGUUGCAUCGGCGCCUAUUGCAACUGUGGGUGGAUUGUUUGCCGAUGUGCACGAUGAUCCCACACUACGAGGUCGACUUAUGGCAUACUUCAUGGCUUGCACAACCUUUGGACCCAUCAUCGGGCCGUGGGUCUCUGGCUUUGUAGCAGUUGUUAGCUGGCGUUGGUGCUUCUGGAUCGGACUCAUUUUGUCAGGGGCAAGUCUGCCAUUAGUUCUCUUCAUGCCGGAGACCUAUGCACCCGUCAUUUUAAAGCGCCGUGCGCAUAAGCUUCGCAAAGAAACUGGGAAUUCCAGCAUCGUUUCGCCACUGGAUGUUCAGAGUCGCAACAUACGAGAAAUGGCACUUUUAACGAUCUCACGACCCUUCCGCAUGAUUAUUCAUGAGUCAAUCGUUUCUUUGACUUCCUUGUACCUUGCUCUAGCAUAUGCCAUUUUCUAUCUCUACUUCGAGGCAUAUCCGAUCAUCUUCCAAGGUAUCUACAAAAUGAGCCCCGGAGUAUCUGGGCUUAUGUUUUUGCCGAUCGGAAUCGGUGCUGUUCUCGCCUGCUUCAUCUUCCUGUGGUAUGAUGGCUACCUAGCCCGAGCCAAAGCCCGCAACGCCAGCUGGGCUUUUGUGGAAGAAUACCGAAGACUCCCUCUCGCCUGCAUUGGCGGGCCUUUAUACGUCAUCUCCCUGUUUUGGGUCGGAUGGACAGCUUCACCGAACAUCCACUGGGUGGUUCCAUUCCUUUCUGGUAUCCCUUUCGGAAUGGGCUAUCUACUGAUCUUCAUGGCCAUGUUGAACUAUCUGACUGACGCCUACGAGACAUACUCCGCUAGCGCACAGUCCGCUGCGAGCUGCACUCGGAGUAUCUUUGGUGCCGUUCUUCCACUCGCAGCAAAGCCGAUGUUCAACCAGCUUGGAGUCCCGUGGGCUUGCAGUCUCAUUGCGUUCAUCAGCUUGGUUGUUUCUAUCAUUCCGUUCGGUUUCAUUCGCUACGGUGACCGUAUCAGAAAGAAUAGCAAAUUCUGCCAGGAGCUGAAGCGCAUCAAGGAAGCUGAGCGGUUGGAGUUGGAGCGCGAGGAGCGCCUUGCUAAUGGUGAUAAUACCCUUGAGCCUAUCCCAUCUUGCAACACUGGAAUUUCUAUGGCACGAAUCGAUACCGCUCGCACAGAUAAGGCAUCGAUUAUCUGUUAG